UACAGCUCUAGUAUUGUCUAUGGUAAUGGUAUAUAAUACAGUAUUACAGUAAUACAUAUAAUAGACAUUUGAACAUGACUUUGAGUAAAAUAUUCCUCGUUCUAGCUGUCACCAUCUGCACUGUUGCUGCAAGAGACUUGCACUUAUCCAAACGAGAUGAAAUAGUAACCGCUAGUGAUGCUUCCGGUGGAUUAUUCAAAAGAUGUAUGAAAACGAUUGGAAAAUCCCUAAAGGGCGGCGAAUGUGGUUGUGGCAGUUCAUCGUCUUAUGGAUCUGGAAGCUCUGCGAUUGGUUCAUCGUCUUCCCGCGGUUGUGGAUCCAGUCUUAUCGGUAAGGGUUCGAGCGGUGGUGUAGUGACCGGCAUGAAGUCCAGUCAGUCUUCGAUUGGUUCAGCUUCUUCCCGUGGUUGUGGAUCCGGUUAUGUCGGUGAGGGUUCGAGCGGUGGUGUAGUGACCGGCAUGAAGUCCAGUCAGUCUUCGGGCGGUCAGUAUGAAAGUGGUACGUCUUCUUACGGUUCUGGAUUAGGUAGUUCAGGAAAUUAUGGUCAAUCCGGUGGUUCUGGUGUGACAUACGAAAGCGAUUCCGAAAUCGAUACCUCAUCAAGCGGUCAACGCAGCGGAAGCUUGGGUAGCUAUAAAAGCGGCAGUUUAUCGUCGUCUUCAUUGUCUUCAGCACGAGGAUGCGGAUCGGGAUCAGGAAUUACACAAGUAAAGAAAUCUGGGCAAUAUUCUGAAUCCACACAGUACGGAUCGGCAAAAGGCAUUCAAACGGGAAAGACAUGUGGCUGCGAAUGUUCAUGUUAAUGGUGACCUAACUACCCAUAAUCAAUCAAUUAAUAGUUAACCUAAAUAUUAUGAUAAUUUGUAAAAUUCUUCUUGUAAAAUUGUCAUAAGUUAAAUAAAUACAUCUUUUUUUUUUGCCGAUUAAAGUUACCUUAA